UUUUAGCACUAACUAAAUUUACUGAACUUAAAUUCAUUUGGCUCUCCAAAAUGUAUUAAAUUUAAAAAUGUAAUUAGGUUAAUUUAUUUGAGCUUGUAAUUUGUAGCUAUUUUCUAAAAUUGCUUAUUUCAUCAACUUGCUGCUUUCGUUUUUUCAGCUUAUACAUAUAGACACAUAUUUUUUACCACAUUAGCUCGAUGAAAACGAAAAAUAUGUAUUUCAAUUAAAAAUACAAUUUUUACAAGGCAGCCGCACACACAAUUUUAAUAAAAAGUUGCGCUAUAUGCAUACACAUACACACACACAUGCAAACAAUCAUACAUAUACAUAUAUGUAUUUAUGUAUGCAUGUAGACGUUAACGUUUGUACGCUUGAUUUGUGUUGCACGCUCCCAACGAGUGACACAUUAAAUUUGUUAUUAUCGCUUACGACAACAAUAAUAACAACGGCGCUGCAAUGACUGCAAAUGCGUCGCAGGCAAAAACUAACGACAGCGGAUGCACACUCCCCCUUUUUAUUGCACAUGAACAUUUCGCUUUCCAAUGACUUCAUACUAGCUAUAUACCAUACAUAUGGAUACAGUUUCAUUUAAUUUUUCUUUUUUUUUUGAUUUCGUGAAAAUUCACUUGCAAUUUCAAUGAAAUAAAACUAAUUUUAACUUUUUGGGCUGCGGAAGAGGUGUGUACCAAAAAACUAGCAAGCUACGCCAUAAAAAUGGCUUUUUACAAGCACGCUAAGCAUAAUGAGGGAUUGAUCAGGCAAGACGCGGCAGUAAAAAGUAACAGAAAACAACAACAAUUUCGAGUGGUAGUAUGACAAAGCGUCUGUGUUUGCAACUCCCAGUCUACCUUAGCCGCCUACAUUCAUUCAUAUAUAACGACUGCAGCUCAACACACAUACAAAUCAUAUGUAUGAAGUAUGUGUGUACACACCCGUGCGCUUAAUAAAAACACUAUUAAUGCCUAUUGCCUUGCCCAUCGCUUUCGUGCGCACACAUUUUGUGAAAACAAAUGUUCGCCAUCGCAUUCGCACUCAGCACCGGCAUUGUGAUCACGCCGUGUUCACUCGGCCGUCAGCUGGUGUUCACGUGAACAGUGCAUGGCCAACAUGCCUCCAAAUCUGAAAACUACAAAAACAUACACACAACACAGCGCGCUCAAGUACGUUCGAUUCGCUCGUAUUGAGCGUAUGACCCCUUUGCGACGGCCUGCAUGCCUUGUCCCUGCUUAUUCAUCACUCGGCAUAUAAGUAUUUGUGUAGUGUUUAAAUGGCUGGCCGACUGGGUGGAUGAUACAUUGGACUGUUUCGCGCUCACUGCCGUACGAAAAUGCCGAGAUGUGCGAGAGUCGAGCAGCAAAAGAGCGGCGCUGUGAGUAAGUAAAUAUGCCAAGCAGUGGGGCGGCGUACUCAGUGUUUUCCUACGAAUACGCAUAUGUAUGCAUACAUACAUAUUUACAAGCUUUUGUAUGUGUAUCUGCUUAUGGCCGAACACGACGUGAAUACGUGAAUAUUUUUGCGUUAUGAAGGGAGGUAGCUGACGUCGCUGACUUGUUUCCCUCGCUUAUUGUUUUCAUUUUUUUUUGUAUAUUUUUUAGGCGUUUUCUAAACGAUUAAGCAUAUCAGUAAAUUAGGAUUUUAUAUUGCCAAAUUAUAAGCAAUUACUACAUUAAUGUGUUUAUAGAUUAAACACGAAAUUUCUUGACUUACCGCCUAUCUAAUCAGCAACGACAUAAAAUCAUAUCACAAGACUUCCCAAUCGUGUCCAUAAGCGCCAAGCCCAUUUAUAUAAAUAUAGUAUAUAUAUACAUAUACAUAUAUUUUAAAAAUUAGUGGAAGUCAAUGAUUUCUUAUCGUGCGCCAGCUUUAGUAAACAGCAAUUGAAAUAAGCAAUAAAAAAGAAAAUUCUAUAAAAAGGUGAAAACAGUAGCGCCAAUAAUAUCAAACAUGAGAUAUAUGUAUAUAUAUUUACAUAUGUAUGUAUGUAUAUAGCGCUUAUUGAUAACAUCCAAUGCUAGUGCGAUGCCCGCACUAACGCCACUCUACAAGCACCUGCCUGGCUUUUUCAGAACAAGCGCUAGAAAAAGACGCACAUAUGCGCGCUCUCACAUAUUUUCACCUUCCCACAGCUAUGGCAUAAACAAUAGCAAUGACGUAGCGCUGGCUGCCAUGUGUAGGCUUGCUGUUUGCACUAGCGCUGUCAUGCCGUGAGUGCGUGCCACGCUUUGUACUAUGUACCCAUGUGCACAGAAAGAUUUAUUUUCGUACAUAUGUAUGGAGAUACAUAUAAAGAUAUUUACUUGUUAUAAUUUUUUUCUUUGCUCCACACACCUCAAUGACGGCUCUGGCGCUGAUAUUCAUAGGUAUAUGAGCUAUUUUUAGCGUACACUCUCAUUUGCUCUCAACAGCUAAUGCGGGCUUAACAGCGCGCUCGCUCCGUGCUCGAACGCCAUCAGUGAAUGUAUUUCUUUCGGCUCUCCCAUUGUAUCUAGUCAAUGACGCUACUCCCAAAAGUAUAUAUUUAAGUGAGCGACAAAGCAUUUUAUGCGCGCGUCAGCGCACGCGAUACUUAUGCGCGCCUGGUAAGUGCUUACGUACGUUCCGAAAGGUAGACAGCUUUUCGUAUUGUGUCGCUCAAUCAUGUUGGUUAGAAAUUUGUUAUUGAGCUUACACGUUUUUUCCUCGAUAUGUUGUCAAUCGGCGUUGACCUCACAAUACAAAGAGAACAUAAACUGUGAUGGCGACCACGCAAAUGACCUCCGCUUUUUUUAAGGAAGAAUGUCCUGCAAUUGUUUGGGAUUUACACACGCGCUCACCAGCGACGCUAGUUUCAAGUUCAAAAUCUACCAAAAUCCGAGAACGAAAGCGUAGACGGAAUUACUAUGCAGUUAGUUAAAGCAGUGAGAAUCAGUUUGUGGAGUGUUUCUCAAAAAUAGAUGAAUGCUACUGACCAUUUUCAGGAAUUGAGGUUAUUAAAGAAGUAUUUAGUAUAAAUAUGAUAAUUUUGGAAUAUCACUGCUUGAUUAUAUCUGAAAAAGAAUUGGAUGAAAAGCCCUCAGCACAGCAUUUACACGAGGAGAUGCUCAAAGCCAAGCUGCAUUUCAGCCAACAGACUAAGCAGCAGCAUAUAAUCACCCCAAAUCCCUCAGACACAGAAGAUGACGCUGAGGCACCACCCUGCAAGAAACAGCGCUUGGAAUUGCCACAACCAGUUGCCGCACUAACGCCGCCACCAGAAACACAGAAACAAGUACAAACACAAGAGCAACAACAAACACAGCGCGUUAGCGUUAUCAUGCAUGUGAACAGCUCGGGCAUUUGUUCCGCCAUCGACGAGAAUUCGUGCUCCUCCACCAUUUCCAGCGCCUCCGCUGCGUCUACCACAACCACCACAAGCAACAGCAAUAGCACUGUCUCGCAAGCACCGCUGCUGACAUCUGACGACGAUUGCAGCGAAACCAAUGUGUGGCGCAGUUUGAAGUUCAAGAUGAAUCGCACGCGUUGCAGCAGUUUCUCGGCGCCGGCGUCCGUUCAGCAGCCACAACAACAACCAGAGCAAAAAGAGCCUAGCGAAUCCAAACUGGAUUUGACGCAAACACACUUCCGCUUCACGCUGCCGGCUGUGCAAACAACCGUUAGUGCAACACAGCAACCGCAACAGCAACAAAUGUACACCACCACACCGCCACAGUAUCAAGUAAUUGCACCGAAAAGUAUUUACCUAACACCCGCGUCGACAUGCGCAUCCAGCAACGGCAGCGCGCCUAACGUCACCACAGUCAUUCCCGCGCAAUUGUUGGUGCUGAACACCAACAACGGCCUGCUACAAAACGUCACCGGCAAUCCAACCAGCGCCGCGGCCAGCAGCACACCAGCCUCAACGCCCUUACACAAAAUGACUGCAGCGCAAAUUGCCGCCGAGCGUCGACGCAUCUACGUCUGCGAAUACCCGAACUGCGGCAAGAACUACUUCAAGUCCAGUCACCUGAAGGCGCAUCAGCGCGUGCACACCGGUGAGCGGCCAUUCAUCUGCAAGUGGGAAAACUGCGAUAAGCGCUUCUCGCGCUCCGACGAGCUGUCGCGUCACAAGCGCACACACACCGGCGAGAAGAAGUUCGUCUGCAGCGUCUGCCAGAAGAAAUUCAUGCGCAGCGAUCACUUGUCCAAGCACAUCAAGCGCCAUGGCAAGGACAAAGCUAACGGUGUGAACCGAAAUGUCGCCGCAGCUACAAUGGCAGCAGCAGUAGCGGCCGCCGCCGCCGCAGCCUGUGGCCAACAACAGCAACCUGCUACCGUAACGCCAGGUAGCAUUCAUAGUGGCACAACUCAUUUGCGUCCCAUUGCACCAGCGUGUAACAUACCGUUGGCGGCGAAGCACGCGUCCGUUCCCGUAGCCACGUCCACAGCAGCCAAUACCGGCGCCGCUCUGCAGAUGCAAGUCUGCAGCGCCGGCGACUUGUUGCGUCUGCAGCAGGUGGGCGCGUUGCCGACCGCCUUCACCACGCUCAUCGCCGACCAGCAGCAAUUGCAGGUGCAACAACAACAACAACGCUAAGCGCUCAACAACUAGUACCGCCUACUGGCAGCAGAACAAAUUGCCUGGGGAUUGGGUAUUAUCAGUCAAGCGUCUGUCAUUCCAAACAACUUAAACAGAAAAAUUCUUGCAGUAGAACAGAUUAUUAUGUAAAGAUAUCAUAUAUUUGCGCUCCAUACUUCUUAUUGCUUAUAUGUAUUAAGAUCUUUAAUAUCUUAAGAAUGUCUCCAAUAUCCAAAAACGUUUGUAAUAAUCAGUAUGUAUUAUAUUCAUUUGAUAUGUAAUUUUUGUUGUAAGGUUACUCUAACUGAGCAAUGAAACAUUACUUAAAAGCAUCGAACCAUUAUAACACACACACAUACGUACUUUUAGUGUAUUUAAUCUCAUAUAUAAUAUGUACUCGUAUUUAUGCAAAAGCAGCCCGUAGACGCUGUCAAUCCACAGGGGAGGUGUUCUCACGCCCACCCGCUCUCUCAAUUCUAUUAACCAACCUUCCUUCCUUUUCGAUUUUCUGCUUUAAAUAUGUGUCUGUAAUUCCGUUUUAGCAAUAAUUAAAAAAUUAUCAUAAUGUUAUUAUCAUUUAAGUUAUUAAGUUUUUAUUUGUUUGUUAAUUUUUACCGCUAGCCAAUAAUUUUUAAAACUCUUUACAACAAAUAUGUAAAAUAGUAAAAAAAAAUCUGUGAUAUUUAAGUUGUCUUAAACUGAGAACACACUUACAUAUAUACUAUAUAUAUAUGACUACAGCUAAUUUAUUAUAUAAUAUAAAUGUAUAUAAACUUAUUUACUAAAUUUUCUUACUUGUAUAAAAUUAAAUGCAGUUAUGUAAUUACGUAUAUUGGUAAAAUGUAUGAGUUGAAAAAGUGAAGAAAACUCCAAAAAAAGAAAAACAAAACAUAAGAAUUUAAUGAAGGCAUUAAAAAGGAAAAAUAAGAAGAAGACAUACUUAUGCAUUAAAAAAUUCAACUUAAAUACAAAAUAAACACUCUUUCCCAAGUGUCUAUCAAAUCAUAA